GAAACAAUGGCCAGAUCCAGUUGUGGCAGUUUUUAUUAGAACUUCUCACUGACAAAGAUGCUCGGGACUGUAUUUCUUGGGUUGGUGAUGAAGGAGAGUUUAAAUUGAAUCAACCUGAACUGGUUGCACAAAAAUGGGGACAGCGCAAAAACAAACCCACGAUGAACUAUGAGAAGCUUAGUCGGGCUUUGAGGUAUUACUAUGAUGGAGACAUGAUCUGCAAAGUGCAAGGCAAGAGGUUUGUGUACAAGUUUGUCUGCGACUUGAAAACUCUCAUUGGAUACAGCGCAGCGGAGUUGAAUCGGUUGGUCACAGAAUGCGAGCAGAAGAAACUAGCCAAGAUGCAGCUCCAUGGCAUUGCACAGCCAGUUACAGCAGUUGCGCUAGCUACAGCAUCCCUGCAAACAGAGAAAGAUAAUUAAGCACUAGGACCUAAAAAGUGGGAGCCUGAGGCCUUUCCUAUAUAACCUUUACCAGAAUCGGAAACUUCUUUUGUUUCUUGACAGUACGAUAUAGAGCAUGAUUUUAUAUAAAGAACUGGGACUUGCAUACAUUUGGAUCUUUUAACAGCAUAUAUUUCAAUAUAAGUUAAGGGAUCACCACAACUUCUGCAACUUUGAGUCAGGGCCUCUAUGGUAUGCAAUCUGAAAUUGAUGAGAAAGGUUGAACUGGUCAGCGCUCUCUGUCCACAGCUGUACAAAGUAAUUUUUG